UAACACUCGUAAAUAAAUAUAUAAAUAAAAAGUUUAUAUAUUUAUUUACAUUAUUUAAGUUUUAUGUCAAAAUUUCAAGUGUUCAAAUAUUUUUAACUGAAUUAUAACAAAAAAAAAAAAAAAAAAAAAAACAAAAUUGAAUAUGAUAAAAUCAUUUUUUGAAUAAAUUUUCUUGUUCUUUCUAUGUUUUUGAUGUGCUAUUACUUAGACUCAAGAUAACGAAUACCUAACUAUCUUAUAGAGGAUUGAUUACUGUGUACCUAUUAGUUUUUUUCCUCGUAAUUAAAAAUGUAAAAUGAUAAACAAAAAUAUCACCUUAAUGUAGGUACAAAACUGGAAAAAUUUGCUAUUAGAAACCACUAGUGAAGUUGAUAAUAUUUCAGUAAAAUUUCUGGUGCAUGGUUUUCAUUAAACGAAUAAAAAAAAAAAUCAACCUUGUGUUGUCAUUGCAAAUAUUGUAUCUAAUGCGCCAUGCGCCCAAAAGCUAUACUUGAUACUUCAAUGAAUUCGUCUAAUGCCUGAUCGCCACGUGUCGACAACGGUUCAUGUUUAUUUCCACGUUUGCGUAUUUUGAAUUAACUUAACAAAGGUCUACAAAAAAAGGUAGGUACGACAAUGAGAAUUAUGUCGUUCCGUGUGCUUUCGUAGUAGGUAAUCGAAACAAUAAUAUAUUAGUGGUACUUAUUGACUUUUGUGGCAAUUGAACCAAUUUUUAAGAAUUGUUCGUUUGAAAAAUACGUCCGCUCCAAUCUCUAUAAUAGCAUUAGAAAAAUCAAAAAAUUAGCAGAGUUGGCGAAUGAUAAAACGAUAUAAUAGCUCCAGUCUACCAAAUACAGUUCUGUGGCCUUUGAUGACAUAGAUACGUUCUUUGUUGUGCCGAGGUAUUCCGUUGACUGAUAAGGAAUAAUAUUCCCCCCCUCCUUUUUUCCGAUGUCAUAUUUUUUUGUUAUAUACCUAGGUAUUUACCAUUCGACAAUGACAAAUUGAUUGUCUGACUAGGUAAACGAUUUUAAAUAAUUUCAAUAUUGUACUUUAUUUUUAUAUAUUUAAUAUUUUUAAAGUGAAAUUUUUGUAUUCACUCCUCUAGUAUUUGCAAGAGUAUUCUUGUUUAUGGUAGACAGUAUGUGUUUUUUAAAACAGUUUCUUGUAUUGGUUUUGUUAAAUUCGGCCUAUUGUGUCGUAUCGUCGUCCAAUAAAAGUAAGUUAUAUACUUCUUAAGUCUUCAUUAUAAAGACACUUUAAUUAACAAUAUUAAUAACACUAAUGUGGUUUAAUAAUAUGAAUCGAUUUUGUAUUGUUAUUUAAUUAUAUUUCUCUGGUUAUAUGAUUAUGAAUUUGUUUAUUCCAAUAAUAUUUUCACCAGGUUAGAAUUAAUUGAAUUAAUAACCUAUUAAUCUUUAUUUUGUUAGUUUAUGACUGUAAAAAUAUGACCUUAAUUUAAUGAUUAAUUAGAAGUAUUCAUUUAUAUAAUUUUAUUUCAAAUUGAUAACACAAUCAAAUUUUUUUUAUUUAUUAUAAAAGCAUAUUUACAAUCUAUACAGAAGAGCACAAUUAAUAAAUUAGGUAAUGGUAAUAAUGAUGAGAACACUAUGAUUUUAUGAUUUGAAGGGGAAACCAUCGACAGUACCUCCUAUUUAAUUUGGUGGGUUUUAAUGAGGAAAUGAUUUUUUUUUUGUUUUAAAGAUAUUAAGUAAGGGCUUCUCUUGGCUAUUUUCUUUUCAAUUUUCUUGGAGGGUUGUUGAGAAUGGUGAUAGAGGAUAUAUGGGAAAUUAGAGGGUGUUGGUUUGAGUAGAGUUUUGAAUGAAAUUUUUUCUAGUGUCAGGUUGCUAUUUUUCAGUAACUGUUGGGAUUUGCAGAUUCUUAUGUAGUAUAUGUACCAAGUUGCUCCGAUUAUUUUUCUGAGACAUAGACUGGAAGGCUUGUAUGGGUUUUAUAAUAUAAGACCCAUAUUUGGUGGUUAGAUGGUUUCACUUGGCUUCAAAUUUGGAUGCUAUAAGACCAAAGGGAGGUAAUAAUCAUCUUAUAUAUUUAUACUUUGUUUUUAAGCUCAUUGUAAAUACCCUAGGUAUUUAGUCACAUUGUGAAUGAGGAUUGGUAUAUUGUUGAGUGAUAAUUGUGGACAUUCUCUUUUGCCAAGUACAAAAUUUAUUUUCGUUUAUCUUGAUUUUUUAUUUUUUGGUCCACAUGGAAAUUUGAUUUAGAUUGUAUUGUAUAUAGUAGGCGGCUAUGUUUGGGUCUUUGUUUAAUACUAGUAUGGCAGUAUUAUCAAAAUAUGUUGCUAUAAGUUGUAUGGUUUGUUUUGGGAAAAUCUGAAAAUUGUAAAGUAUCGGUGAUAGGUUACUUUCUUGUGGAACUCCAGUUCUGAUUUUGUGGUAAAGAGGGUAAAAGUUGUUGUGUUUAAUGGUGAAAAAACUGUUUUCAAGAAAUGAUUUUAGAAUGAGGAAAUUUAGGGUAGGUAGAAACAAUUUUUAUUUAAACAAUAGCUCAUAGUGUAAGAUGCAAUCGAAAGCUUCCGUGAUUUCGAGGAAAAUUCCUGGGUAGUGUUCUGUUUUUUUCAAAUGACGAUGAUAUUUUGUCAGUGAUUCUGUGUAUUUGGUGAAUAGUUGAAUGAUAUGAGCGGAAUCCAAAUUGGUUAUUAGGUAUUUUCUUUGAUGAUAGGGGUUAUUCUUUUAAGGAGUAUUGGGCGGUAUGAGGUUACUAAAUAUUUAGGUUUGUCUCGUUUGGGAAUUAAUAUUAUUUUUGAAAAUGUUCAUAUUGGGGGAAUGUAUGAUAAUUUAAGCAUUGAAGAAGAGAAGAUUAUUAGUUUAUAAUUACCUAAUUUAAAAUAACAUAUGUACUUCAUUAACUAUAUGACAAGAUAUAUAAGUUUAGAACAAUGACUAGUUAAAAAAUUAUUAAUUAUAAGUGUUAUUUAAUAAAAAUAGACUGAAAAAUAUAAUAUAUUGACAAUUAAGGUACUAACAUAGUUAUUAUUUGUUCAAAAAUAAUGCUAACCUAUUAAAAAGUAAUAUUAUAUACUUAAUACUUAUACCUGAAAUAUAUUCCAUAGUUCAAAUUUUAGUACAAAAUAUGUAUCUACAAAUAUGAAAUAAUAUACUCAUCUACUAAAAUAAAAAUAUUUCUCUGCUGUUUUUCUGAUAUUUAAGGUACUGUACAAUGGAGUUCAAAUUAUUAUAUAGAAGGUGAUAUCUUUGUACCUUUUGCUGAAGUUCAUGAACCUUUUAAAUCUUGGUACGAUUUAGAAUCUGGUAGCAGCCGUAUUGAUUAUUAUAAUGGUAAUUUAACAUGAUGCAUUUUUAAAUUAUGUUAUUAACAUAUUAAAAAUUGUGAACACCUUUUUAGGAAUGGAUAAAACCUAUCAAUUGUCCAAAAAAGGGACUUUUGGUGCAUCAAUUAAGAUAGUUCCUGUUACUACUGAAACAGAAACAAAUACAAUCAAAUGUUUAGAAGUGAAUGGCACUGAUGAACUUCAUAUUUUACCUCAGCCAACUCUUCCAGACUUAAGCAAUUUUAAGGUUGUAGUUUAAUAUAAUUGCAGUUUUAAUGUUAUGAAUGUUAUCUUAUUAUUAUAUUUAAUAUAAUUUUCUUCUGAUUCUAGUUUAUUGGUGAACAUUUGGAAAAUAAUUUAGUUGUUGAAAAAUGGGUUUCUAUUUCGAGAGAUGGAGAAACAGUCAGCAAAUAUACAAUGUGGUUGUACAAACAUGUAAGAUAUAAAUUAAAUUUCUAAGUAUAAUUUUUUUCUUUUACAAAAAAAAAAAAAAUAUUUUAUAAUGCUAUGAUGUAACAAUACCUGAUUAUGUUUAAUUUGUAGGUAAAAAUAUAAAAUAUGAUUACUUCAAUUUUUAUUAUUGAAUCAUUAUUAUAUUUAUUAUACUUUUUAUUGUUUGAUUUUAACUUUCAGACAAGUACAUGGGUAAUAUUUAUAUUGUACUUAAGAUAAAGUUACUAAUAAUUGUUAAUAAAUCAGUGGAUCUUAUGUGCACUUCUAGGCAUUUUCUAUGUAUGAUAACAUGGUUGGUAUAGCUCGAAUUCUUUUAAGCAUUUAUGUAUGCAUUAAAUUGCAGCGGUGUAAAUGCUGUUGCACUUGUCCACCCUAGGUGAUUUUGUAUGCCUGCUUGAAGUUUAAGUCUUACAGAGAUUCGACAAAUGCAAUAUCUUUUGUUCUGUUCAACAUUAUUUUUUUUUUUUGUAAUAAUUAUUAAAGAAUUACACUAGAUCCAUUAUUUUAUAUUCUUUUAAUAACUAAAAUUAAAAAAUUUUAAUUUUUAAAUGAAUAUUCACAAAAUUCAAGAUAGCCAUUUUAUAUAAUAGGUGUACCGUUUAAUUCGUGCGGUUUUUUUUCGAAAAUUGAAGCUUUAUUGUGAAAAGUAUUGUCCAUCGCUAGCUAUGACCUAUUCUCAUUUUUCUGGCAAUUCACGAAUAUCUUUUCUGAAAAAUUCGGCCGGCUUCUCCGCUAUCCACGAAUCGAUCCAAUUUUUGACUUCUUCAUAAUUGGAGAAGUGCUGGUCAGCCAGGCCAUGUUGCAUUGAUCGGAAGAGAUAGUAAUCGGAUGGCGCAAGGUCUGGACUAUAUGGCGGGUGGGGUAGGACAUCCCAUUUGAGUGUUUCAAGGUAGGUUUUGACGACCUGUGCAACAUAUGGCCGAGCAUUGUCAUGUUGCAAAAUUACAUAAUCCUGUCUGGUCUCAGUUUCUGGCCAUUCUUCUUUUUAAUGCUCGGUUCAAACGCAUCGUUGUCAGCAGACUUCCCCUGUGAUCGUUUCAUUCUGUUGCAACAGCUCAUAAUAGAUCACACCCAGCUGGUCCCACCAAAUACACAGCAUAACCUUCAGUCCAUGAAUAUUCUGAACGGCCGUCGAUGAUGAUGCAUGGCCGGGGUAUCCAUGCGUUGCCGGACGUUUUGGAUUAUCGUAAUGGACCCACUUUUCAUCGCCAGUGACAAGUCGAUGCAAAAAACAUUUUCUUUUGUGCCGUUGAAGCAGUUGUUCACACGCGAAAAAUCGGCGUUCAACAUCUCUUGGCUUCAAUUCAUACGGCACCCAAUGGCCUACCUUCCGGAUCAUUCCCAUUGCUUUUAGUCGAUCGGAAAUGGUUUGUUGAGCGACGCCAAGUGAUUUUGCAAGUUCUUCUUGCGUUUGGGAUGGAUCUUGGUCGAGCAAUGUCUCCAAUUCGUGAUCUUCAAANAUUGCCACUUUUAAACCUUGCAAACCACUUCUGGCACGUAUGCUCAGCUAGAACAUGCACCCCAUACACUUCCACUAAAAUACUUUGACUUUCGGCAGCCUUUUUCUUCAUAUUGAAGUAAUGAAGAAGUACUCCCCGCAAAAACACUUUAUUCGGCACAAAAUUCAACAUUUUCAGAGUAAAAAAAAGUAAUGUUGUUUACGCUUCAGCUAAAUGACACAUACUGAUUCUGAAACAAUAUGACAGUAGCUUUCCAACACAUAUUUGGAAAGGUGAAUCACUGGAAUAAAAAUCAAGUUACGCCAUCUGUUAGAAAAUUGCACGAAUUAACCGGUACUACUAUUAUUAUGAUUUUGAAAUACAAUUUUAGUGUUACAAAUGUUUAAUAAUAAUGAAUAUUUAGGUUUAAACAAUUUUUUUGGAGUUUAUAAAUAUCAUUGAAAAAAUUAUUUUUCAUACAAUUUGGAGAAGUUAUUGGUAUUAUUUAGUAGUGGAAAUAAAAACAUGUUUAAUUUAAAUUUUGAAAAGUAAUAUUAGUCGAUUCACAAUUUUUCCAUUAAAAUAAAUGUAUUAAUGAUUUUUAUAAAUUUCAACAAAAUUGUUAAAACUUAAAUAUUCAUCAUUAAUAAAUAUUAGUGACACUGAAAAUUGCAUUUCAAAAUAUAUUUGUAAAAUGGCUAUCUUGGAUUUUACAAAAACAAUAUAUUUUUUUUUAAAUUCAAAUUAUUGUAAUUUUAGUUAAAAGAAUACAAAAUAGUAAAAUCAUAAAGUAAAGCUUUAGUAAAUUAAUAUAAGAUCUGAUAUUGGGGACAGGUGAAGUCACUGUUGUAGGUAGGAAAUUAGGAAAGUAGGUUUUACAAAGUUAUUUAAUUUAUAUAUGUAUGAAAUAAUAAACUACUGCUAAUGAAAAAUGAUUUGAAGGGAAAUUCGGUUAGAUAUAUUUUGAAAUGCCUAUCAUUUUUAUGAUUUUCAUCAAAAUUUGUUCAUAAUCCCUUAUGAAAAAAAAAACUAAUGCAUUAAACUCAAGUUUGUUAUUUAGAUUACUAAGUAUAACUUAUAAUGUACUUUGUGUUAAAUUUUCAAAUAUUUAUCUUAAUUAAUAUAAUUUUAAUAGCAUAUAUCUAUCAAAUAAAAUGCCAGUUUAAGUAUUUUGUGAAAACUACAAGUCUCUAAUAAUUUUUAUUUGAAUAACAAGAAAUUAAACUUGGUUGUAUUUCCUAACUUUUUUUACCAGAUUUUCGAAAUUAUUAAGGAAACUAAAUGAUAAAACAAACAAUAAUUUUCUUAUUCACAAAUCAGGCAAAACUUUCUUUUAGAUAAUUAUUAUUAUGUAUUCUUGAAAUUUGGACAGAUUCAUGGUAGAAAAACAUAAUCUUAAAAAUUUCAAAUAAAACAAAAUCAUUAUGCUGUAAUAAUUUGAAAAAAUUGUAUUUUUUGUCAUUUUGGGUUUUCUCAAUUAUCAUUAAAACUAUUUUAGUUAUCAAAAUAUGAAUUUCUUUGACAGUGGUUAAAUAUUAAAUGGAACAAAAUCAAUAUCUUGUAAUUUUUCAAUUAGAGCAUGGUUUUUGGUAAAGAAUAAAGUUUGCGAAAAUUAAAAUAACUGGGAUCUCACAUUGUCAUAAAUAUUUGUUAAUUUACCAUCAUUUUAGUUUUUGUUUUCCCAAUUAUUUUAAAAAACCCUUUAAAAAAUCAAAACACUGUCUUUCUAAUGUACCAAUUUGAAAAAAUUCCCUUUCAGAAAAGAUGCUAAACACGGGAACAAGAUUUUUAUUAGAAAAGUUGUUCACAGACAGAAAAAGAAGUACAUAAUAGUAAAACCAAUAGAUCCUUUGCUAUGUUCUGAAUCUAAAUUAAUAAUUUAAUAGUAUUGAACAGAACAAAAGUUAUUACUUUUGUGGAAUCUGAAUGUGAUAUCUUGUAUAAUGUAUUAAUAAUGAUAAAUUAAAGGAAUAUGCAAAUAUUCAUUUAUAUUAAUGCUUAAAAUUUAUAUUGAUAUAAUUUGUAAUAUUUUAGUUAUUACUAUUUAUUGUUAUUUGUUUUUGAAUUUAUUUGAUAAUGAAUUCAAAAUAACAGGUACAUCAUUCUCUGUGAACUUAAUUUAUGGUAUUAUAUAUUUCACAACUAUAAAUAUGGAUGCAAUUUAAAUAAUAAUGUAUCAUUUUUCUAUAGAAUAAUGUUAAUUACCCAUUGAGGUAUCAAAUGAAUGGAUAUAAUUCUUUACUUGGAUCACAUUUUGAUAGCUAUAUUAUUAUGUACAAAAGUUUCAUACCUUCAAAACCAGAUCCAAGUAUUUUUAACAUUGAUGGUAAAUAUUAUUAAUUAUUUAAAAUAUAAUUUCUGAUUGACUAAAUUUAUUAAAAUUAUAAUUAAAGGUUUAAAAUGUGAAUCAUUUCCUGGACCUGGCAUAGACUAUGUAUAUAGUUUUAAUCCUAUGAUGGAAUUUAUAAAUAAUUAUGAAGACCAUGUUGAUUCAAAUUUUGAAAAAUUUAAAAAACAUCAUAAGAAAAAUUAUAUUAACAAAUCUGAACAUUUUGUGCGUAAAAAUAAUUUCCGUCAAAAUUUAAGGUAACUAUUUAAUAUAAUUAUUAUAUUAGGCAUAUACUUGGUUUAUAAAUCAUACUUUAUAUUAUACUCAUUAGAUAUAUUCAUUCAAAAAAUCGAAAAAAUAAUGGAUUCACACUAUCUGUUAAUCAUUUAGUUGAUUUGUCUAAUGAAGAACUCAAAUCAAUGUGUGGUUAUAGAAAGAUUAACAAUGAUUUUAAUGGUGGACAACCUUUUCCUUAUAACAAAAGUGAUUUUACUAACUUACCAUCUGAAAUUGAUUGGAGAAUAGCAGGUGCUGUUACAGCUGUUAAAGGUUUAUAUUUAUAUUUAUGUUUAUAUUUAUUUUCUUUGAGUGGUUCUUAAAAUAGUUCUGUAUGUUUUUAAGAUCAAUCAAUUUGUGGUUCUUGUUGGAGUUUUGGUACCACAGGAACUAUUGAAGGUGCAUAUUUCUUGAAACAUGGAGAACGUAAAUCUUUCUCUGAACAGGUAAAUUAUUAUUUACUGUCUCAAAUUGGUUUUAUUACAAAAUAAAUUUAAAAUGUGUAUCAUAAUAAAAGUAAUUUUGUCUUCCUUAGAAGAAAAUGUAAAUAUAAUUUUUUCCUAGAUACAGAAAAACUGAGAAAGUAUAUUUUAGUUGUAAAUGUGCAUGUUAUAUUAUACAUAGCAAUCAUAAUUUAGUUUAUAAAGUAAUUAUUAGUAAUUAUUAUAAAGUAAUUAUUAGUAAUUAUUAUAAAGUAAUUAUAAUUUAUUAUGUUAAAUAAGGCUUUAGUUGAUUGUUCAUGGGGCUUUGGUAACAAUGGUUGUGAUGGUGGUGAAGAUUUCCGUGCUUAUUCCUGGAUUGAAAAACACGGUUUACCAGAAGAAGAUAAUUAUGGUUCAUACCUCUCUCAGGUAUAAAAUAUUUAAAUUAUAAUUACACAUUACAUCUUGGGAGUGAAAGGGAAUGGGACUAGGGAAUGGAUUUAUAUGCACUUAAAAAAACAUUAAUUAGUUUUAAAAUAUCUUGUUAUAAUCAUUAAAAAUAUUAUGCUAUAUACUAAAAAAAAAAAAAAUGUUUAGACAAAAUUUAAGAUGAUUAUUUUUGCGAUUUUUAGCUGUUAGAUUAAUUAAUACUAAUCUUGUAGAGAUUACAUGAUUAUUGGUGGAUUUUGUAUUUACUAAUGGUUUACUUGUAAUCAUAGUAUAUGUUUAUUAAACAUGGAUUUUUAGAUGUCUAUUAUGUAUUGAAUAACUUAUUAAUAACCUCUAAAAUAGUUUAAUAAAUAUUAUUAACAAAUACCAAAAUUAGAUUAGAAUAUUAUAUAAUCUGAAACAUUAUUUUUACAAUUUAAAAUAAUAAAAAAAAUGAAUACUGGAUUAUAUAGUAUAUAUAUAUAUAUAUAUAUAUAAAAAAAAAAAAUACAUUCAUCUUAUUGAUUAAUUUAUUAUAUUAUAACAUAGUAUAAUUUUAUGUUUCUAUACUUUAGGAUGGUUAUUGUCAUAUAGCAAACAUAUCAAACAGCUAUCUUACUAAAAUAUCUGGUUUUGUGAAUGUAACACCUUUUGAUGAAGAAGCAUUAAAAAUAGCAUUAGUCAAACAAGGUCCAAUUUCAAUAGCUAUUUAUGCAUCACUUAAAUCAUUGACAUUUUAUUCAAAUGGUGUUUAUUAUGAUAAAGACUGCCGUAAGUCUUCUGAAAAGAAAAUACAUUUUAUCAUAAAAUUAUGACAUUGUCUUUAAUAAUUUUUUUUAGGUAAUAAUCCAAUGGAGUUAAACCAUGCUGUUUUGCUAGUAGGAUAUGGUGAAUUAAAUGGUGAACCAUAUUGGUUAGUGAAAAACUCUUGGUCAACUCAUUGGGGUAAUGCUGGUUACAUUCUUAUGUCUCGUAAAAAUAAUAAUUGUGGUGUUCUCACAAGCCCAACAUAUGUUAUCAUGUAAAUUAUAUAGUAUACAUAUAUAUAUAUAUAUAUAUUUAGUGUCAUUUUGUUUUUAAGAUUAUGAUAAAUUUGUAAAUUUAAGUCUGAUUUAAAAAUAUAAUAUUAAUAUCCCAAUGUUUGAUUUAUUAUUUUAUCUUAUAAUAUGCUCAUGCUAAAUAUUAAGUAUUUUAUUGUAAAUAUAUAAACUACAUAUUUAUGCUGUGUUAAAUGAGAACAGUUAUACAAAUAUAUUUCUCUACAUACUUAUGUGCUACCAUACAAUUCUAUUAAAUUAUUUGUUCAAUAUUAAUACAUGACAUAGGAGUAUUCCUAUUCCCUCCUAUCAGUUUUCUGAGAUAAUAAAAAAAACAUGCAUUUAUCCUAAUAAUGUUUAGUCUAACAAAUAAAGUAUUAUAUUUUUAUCUAUAGAAUUAAAUAUUUUAUAAAAGUCUUUUUAGUUGUAUUAUUAAUGAAUAUAAUAUAUUGGAUGUCGAUAAAUAAAUCAAAAUUGUGUAACUAGCUUAAUACUAAAUUUCUUAAAAAUGGAAUACAAAUAACUUAAAAAUAAAAAUAAUUACAGAUAUUUGAUUUUUUUGAACUCAAAUGUAAUUAUGGUUCUUUCCAAUUUACAUCUGCCCAAACAGGCAAAGGUGUUUCAUAAGCCCAAUCGGGCCCACUGUACUUAAAAGCAUGUAAGUACAUUAUAAGAUCUUUUGGAGUAGGAUCCUUGUAAGAAAUCUUACAUUCUACACAAUUAGGGUCUAUAGACAAUUUUUUCUUAUCAAAUUUCAUGUCUGGCAUUUGAAUUCCUGUUUGUGUAGACAUAUUAUAGUACAUAGAUUCAGGACUACUGCUUGUUAUUUUUUCAAGAUGUGAGGUAUCCACAUAUUGGUCACUUACAUUAUUAAUAACUUCAGGCAAAAGUGGAAUUUCUUUGUUUGUCUUCCAGUUUUCAGCAUUGUGCACAUGAAUUAAAUCAUCUAUCAGUUGUUCAUCAGUUUUACCAAAAUUACCACCACGUCCUUUUUCUGGCCCAAAUAUUGUAUCAUUGUAUAAAGUGUCAUUCUUAAUAGGAUAACCUAAAUAUUGUAAAUGAACUCUAAUCUGGUGCAUACGACCAGACAGUGGUGUACACAGAACCACACUAGUAUUUAUUUCAUUGUUGUAUCCAAUCAAUUUAAAAAUAGUUUCACAUUCUUUACCUUUGGAAGAAACCUUACAUACACCGAUUUUGUAACUAACUACUUCAAUUGGUUCUUUGCAUUGGACAAAUUCUGGAAAUUUACCUUCAACACGGCACACAUAUUGUUUUUUUACUUCUCGGUUUCGUAUCUGGGACUCCAUUAUCCUUGCUUUGUUUUGUGUUCUACCAAACAUCAAAACACCACUAGUCAAUCUAUCAAGGCGAUGGAUAGUUUUCAAAUCUUUUAAAUUGUAUUCUUUAGCAAGUAAAAAUAUGAUUGUGUUAUGUCUAUAACGUCCACAUGGGUGAACUGGGAUGCUGGCAGGUUUAUUGACAACUACAAUAUCUUUAUCCAAAUGAAUUAUAUCAAUUGUGUCAUUAGUAACAGGGACUUCAUGUCUAUGUACAAUAUUUGCCAACAGAUCAUUAUGUUUAAAUACAUAAUCAGAUGUAACUCGUUCAUUAUUUAUUGUCAAAGAUCCAUUUUUAACAUGUUCUUCAUAUUCAUUAGUCGUAUGUGCACGAAAUUCUUCACCAAAAACAUCAACUAAUGUUCGGCCUACCCAUCUUCCUUUUGUAAAGGUUGUAAAUGUAAAAAAAUAUGGAUAAACUUUCCUUAAUCCAUUCUCAAAGUAAUAUGACGUUUCAUUAAAUUUUUCAUUUGUAGUACCUGGCCGUGCUUGAACUGAAUUUAGUUUGCAUUUUUUAGGCUUCUUAAUAUGUUCUAUCCAAUCUUUGAGUUUACGUUUUUUUUCUAAUAUAACUUCAUUACUGGUUUCUUGAUUAUUUUCUUCUACUAAACAAUUUUCAGACUUGCAACUAACUGUUUCAAAAUCAUUUGUUAAUUCACACUGAGUACCAAUGUCUGAUUUAUUAUGAAUAAGUGCAACUAAAUGUUGUGAACUAUUUUCCAUAUUCUUAAGUGGAAUAGAAAAAAAAAAUUUAAAUUGCUGAAUUCUCCACCCAGUUCGAUGAAUCAUUAGUUGAAUAACCC